AUGCCAAUAUGUCUCGUGCUGGCUGGUUUGCAGAAACAUUACCAAGUUUUCAAAGGGAUCGAGCUGUUGUACAAUGACAAAGCACCGCUGGCGUUCGACGUGCUCUUAAACCUGACUUGCGAUGGUAUCAAACUAGGAUUUGAUGCGAGUUUCCAACGCCUUAAGGUAAUAUCACUGCCUAAUUACGCAAAUUCUGAGAGUGAUUUAGGCACUACUGCCCGAAGGUGCACGUUGCUGUCGUCGCCGUCCGAAAUUCCGGACAUUCAGAAGAUCAACCAGAUCUUUGGCGCAACUCGUCCCGGAGUGUACGACUCUGCGCAGCAGGUUUAUAUGCUGAAAUGGCGAGGGCUGUGUUGCACGUUACCCGUCGAGUCCAAGCUGAAGGUAGGUUACGAUCGGGAUUGCGGCGCUGAUUCGUCUGACACGUUGUCGUUUCAGCCGCACUGCAUCCACGGGUUCAGUUCGCUGGAGUUUCCUUGCGACGCUUCCCCCGUCGUCGACAAAAUUUCGAUCUACGACGGCAACAGUCCGACUGAUAUUAGAAUGGCCGAAAUACCGAUCAACUGUUACUACGGAAACUGCUAUGCCGAAAGUGUGAACGUCAUUCGACGGACGGACAGAACUAUUGGCUUAUCGAUCGAAUUAAAAUCGGAAUGCAUUCAACCUGAUACUUAUUACGACCUGUAUCUGAAAACGUUUUCUAGCGACGUGUGCAUUGGUGAUUUUUGUCAGGAAGUGCUUUCGGCAAUCGGUGCUCCGAAUCGGAUAUUCUACAAGUCGGAAGACAAAAUGAAGAUUCACCUGCCAUCUGAUCAACGCUUGAAGAAAUCCCUCGAAUCGGACUACUUUUUCAAUUAUUUCACUCUCGGCCUUGUAAGUACUGUUUAUUUGUAUGCGUAUUCGUGUGUAUUUGCGUAUCUGUAUGGCACAGCUACAGGGUAG